AUGAAUACUAACAAUGCAACAUUCUGUCCGUUCCCAUUUGCAAGCCUGAAGCCUUUUGAAAAUUACAGCCAUGAUCGGGUUGACAUCUGUUGGAAUCUCCCAAAAAGUAAAAUCUACUGGUCUUGCAAUGUAUUGAUCUUGCUUCCUUUGUAUCAAUUUUUCUUACAUGAUUGUCAGGCACUAUUCAACAUGACCCACUCUCUAAUGUCAGAACAAAUCAGCAACCAAAAGCCAACAAACGGAUUUUCCAGACGAAGGCGAGGAUCCGACUUGUCCCCGUCAAAGAAUUGA